GUUUUUAAAAUAUUGUUGUUGAUUUUUUAAAAAUUACAUUAUACAGAAUGGAAACUGUACGUUUACCACAGAAGAAAUACUACAGACAAAGAGCCCAUGCGAAUCCCAUGACAGACCACAGUUUUGACGUCCCAGUGAAACCAGAGGACAUGGAAUGGAGUGAACAUUACCCUGACUUCUUCAGUUCUGGUCAGAAGAUCACUGAGUGCAAUCACAGAGUGGAGUUUGCAGACAUUGGCUGUGGUUAUGGAGGCUUGCUAGUAUCUCUGUCGCCAAUGUUUCCUGAUACACUGAUGCUUGGUAUUGAAAUUCGAGUGAAGGUUCUUGACUAUGUAAAGGAUAGAAUCAAAGCGCUUAGAGUUCAAAAUCCCGGAAAAUACACCAACAUUUCCUGUAUCCGAUCAAAUGCUAUGAAAUAUCUUCCAAACUUCUUCGAGAAAGGACAGCUUUCAAAGAUGUUCUUUCUCUUUCCUGAUCCACAUUUCAAAAAGACAAAACACAAAUGGAGAAUUAUAAGUCAGACUCUUUUAGCUGAAUAUGCUUACGUCAUCAAAGUUGGGGGUAUUGUGUACACAAUUACUGACGUCAAAGAUCUACAUGAUUGGAUGGUCUCCCAUUUCGAUCAGUUUCCAUUGUUUGAAAGAAUCACCGAUGAUGAACUGGAUAAUGAUCCAGUCGUUUCUAAACUUUACGAAAGCACGGAAGAAGGUCAGAAGGUCACGAGAAACAAAGGAGAUAAACAUCUAGCCGUGUAUCGUAGAAUAGAAGAUCCCUUUCUGACUAAUUCAUCUUUUUCUUAUGAAGCAUCAUGAUAUGACUUAAUACUGUUAAACAAUGUUAUUUUGACGACAAUGUACAAUUUUCUUAUGGUAGAUAUAUGAUGUAGAAUAAUUCUUAGGAUCUUUG